CGGCUUGCAGCUUAAGCGCCUCUGCGGUCUGAGGAAUGUCAACUAUUCAAUAUGGAGGCGGAGGUCGAUAAGCUGGAACUGAUGUUCCAGAAAGCUGAUUCUGAUUUGGAUUACCUUCAGUAUAGACUGGAAUAUGAAGUCAAGACUAAUCACCCACAUUCAGCAGGAGAGAAAAAUGCAGUUGCAAUUUUAAAGGAAUUGUCAGCAAUAAAGUCUCGAUAUCAAGCUUUAUGUGCACGCUUUAAGGCAGUUUCUGUUGAGCAAAAAGAGACCAAGAGCUGCAUUUGUGCUACUUUGAACAAGACAAUGACCAUGAUACAAGAACUACAAAAGCAAACAAACCUGGAGCUAACUCUACUGACUGAAGAAGAGAAAGCUGCAACAGAGCCAUUAAAAUCUCACGUGCCGGAUUUAUAAAACAGAAUGUUAAAGAGGAACUCUGAGGGAAAGAAGAGCGAUUCCAGAGAUUCAGCAAGAUGUCUAGAGGCUGGGGGCUGACGAGGAAGCCCAAGAUUUUUCUUGACUGAGAGGAUCGUGGUGCAUUUCAUAUGAGGAAAUUGUAAGAAGUGUAGAUGUCAUACGACUGGAAACCAAAAGUAUGGGAUGGGAAUAAAGCAAUGUAAAUACCGAUACCCAGAGUUCAUUCUGUCCUUUUAGGCAAGGAAUGGCACCUUAGUACUAUUUUUUUAUUUUUCUGUUUUCUUUUUAUAUAAUGUUGGCAUGAUUUUAGAUGUUUUGGAAUUUUUUUGAGACAAUAUUUAUGUACAUUUCGUUCAGUAUGUAAAUGGGCAAAAUACUUGUAUAUUCAGGUGGUGUUUGUUUGUUCUUUUGAGACAAGCUCUCACUGUGUAGCUCUGGCUGGCCCUGGAGCUCACUAUGUAGACCAGACUAGCUCUGAAUCCUAGAGAUGCCUGCCUUUGCUAUCACACUGGGCAUUGUCUGUCUGUCUGUCUGUGACAACAUCUUUUGUAUCCCAGGCUGGCCUCAGAUUUGGUGUCAAUAGGGAUAUUUUACUUUGGUACCUCCUGAGUGCUGGGAUUCCCAGUGUGCAGAAGCAUGUCUGGUUUAUGUAGUACCAGCUAGCACAGCACAGCUGAGCCACAUCCCAACCCUAUAUUUUUUUUCUUUAAUGUACAUUACAGUUAAUAACACACUUGUAUGUAUAUGCUGUCCAGUUUUCCCAAAAUCUAACAAAUUAAUAGGCUGUUUUGUGAGAACUUUAAUUUUUUUUUCCUUUUUCCCAUUGGUUGCUAGUAAUAAACAUCACGAGCUUGUUUUCAAAUGCUGUUUUAGACUUUCUAUCUGGUAUUGCAAUAAUAUGUUAUCUUUCAGUGUAGU